AUGUCAAGUAUUAUAACAAACGAAGUGCAAACCAAAAAUGCAUUGGGAGAAUGGAUCGAAAAUGCUAUUAAAGAUGAAUUUAUUGAAUAUUAUGAAUAUAAUGUUUUUAAAUGUUGGGAUAAUGACCCUGAUAAAAGACCCGAUAUACAAAAAGUUUUUGGAAGAUUAAGUGCGAUGAGUGAAAAGAAAGAGCAUCUCUUGGAAGAAAUACCUGUUACCACCAACAAUGAUAUUGAUGUGACUUUGGCACAUUCAAAUUCAAUGAAUUCAAAUAAUUUGUCUUUAUUAUUAAAAUUUGAUCAAUUAGUUGAAGGUUAUGACGAGGAUUCAGAAUCGAAGGGAAAUGAAAAGCAAGAACCAACUAAUGAAGGUUCAUACGAUUUAAAUUCUGCGGAUAAUUCAACAGAGAAUAACGAAAAUUAUGACGAGGAUUCAGAAUCGAAUGGAAAUGAAAAGCAAGAACCAAAUAAUGAAGGUUCAUACGAUUUAAAUUCUUCGGAUAAUUCAACAGCGAAUAACGAAAAUGAAAAGCAAGAACCAACUAAUGAAGGUUCAUACGAUUUAAAUUCUUCGGAUGAUUCAACAGAGAAUAACGAAAAUGAACAUGACCUUGCUUCACUUUCGGAUGAAUUAUAUGAUUAUCUUUUUGACCAAAUUGAUGAUGAGUAUGAAGACCUUGUUGAAGAGAUCACAAAUAUCGCCAACAAAUUAUUCCGUAAAUCAAUCAAGAAAGAUGAUGCUUUAUCAAUGUAUUUUCUUGCUAAUUCAUAUGAAUCUGCAUGGGAUCAAGAUCAGGCUAUGUUCUGGUACAAAAAAGCUGCCAAAAAUGGAUCUCCUGAAGCCAAAGAAAGAUUAUAUGAAUUAUAUGAAACGUUGUUCGCGUAA